AUGAGUCAAUUCGACUCACCGGAAGAGAGACAUCAUUGGAGGUCGGUGGUAAAUGCUUUCGACCAUUAUAUGCGAUAUCACCUCUCCGCCAAUCAAGCGAGAAGAAUGUCAUUUCUAUCCCUCAAAUCUGAAGAUAAAAUCUUACUAGACUCUCUUGGUUACAGAGACAAGCUCAACGCUGUUGAUGAGGCCAUACGUCGGAAUGCAGAGUUCAUAGAUGAGAUGUUGGACGAUCCUCUAUUUAACGACUUCCUCAUUCAAGACCACGAAGCUCAUUUCGAGAAUGGAGCUCAACUCUACCCUGGAGACGAUCAUACCCACUCUCAAUCUCAUUCACAGGACCAUCAUUCCCAUUCUCACGACCAAGACCAUCACUCACACUCUCACUUACAUGAUCCGGACGAUCACGCCCAGACGUCGACAACACACGAUCACAGUCAUUCACAUCAAAUGGACGUCGCUACCUCGACUUCAAAAGAAGCAAGCUUGGGGCAGAGAGAAUCCGACUCAUCACAGGACAAAAUAAGAUCAACCCUUCGUUCACUUGUACGUGACUGGUCAGCGGAAGGAGCAGAAGAGAGGAGAGCUUGCUAUGAUCCAUGUUUGGCAGCUCUCGAAAGACACUACCAGCGUCUCAGUGUUGUUGAGAAAAACCGGGUGAAGGUGUUGGUGCCUGGGUGUGGGCUGGGCAGAUUGGCCUUGGAGAUAGCUGCCAGAGAUAGUGGAGGAACUGAUAAAACAGGUUUCGCCUCGGAGGGCAACGAAUUUUCGGUGUAUCAACUUCUCGUCUCCAACUACAUGCUCAAUCAGGUGACUACUCCCCAUCAACAUACCAUCUACCCUCACGUUCACUCUUGGUCCAAUCACCUCACCACUCAGCAUCACCUACUCCGCCCGAUCAGUAUCCCAGAUGUCGCCGCACCAGACUUGCUUUCCGCUGGAAAAAAUGGACCUUUUUCUCUCUCCGCCGGUGAUUUUGAAGAUAUCUAUGGCCCUAAAGCAUGGGAGAAUGGUGAGCAAAGGGGCUCAUGGGGGGCCGUCGUCACCUGCUUCUUCCUCGAUUGUGCAAGGAAUGUCGUCAAGUAUCUGAGGAUCAUUCAUGAGUUAUUGGCAGAGGAUGGAAUCUGGAUCAACAUAGGACCCUUGCUAUGGCACUAUGAGAACUCGCCGGUCACUUCGCCAGAAGGUGAGGGAUCUAUUGAGUUGUCAUUGGACGAGGUCAAGGCUUUGGCCAGAAAGAUAGGAUUUGAGCUAAAUGAUGAGAAGAUGAUACCGACGACAUACACCAGCAUCGCCGAGGGAAUGUUGGAGUAUCGCUACAACGUACGGUGUCUAUUCUUGGAGCGGAAGGCUUGGCUAAUUCUCAGGCGGCUUUUGGACAGCUACAAAGUGUAA